AAAGAGUGGGGCGUUCAUAUUUAACGUCGGGAUCGACAUUUUGCAUUGUUUACUCAAAGAAAGCCACAUUGCUAUGUAACGGUUCACACGAAUCAAGUACAAUUUGCUGAUUUACCAGGCGUUAGCAAUAAUUUAAUAAACAGACCAUGUCAGAGUUUGAGGUGAAGACAGUACUACCCAGCACCAGAGAUCCAGGAUCCGAUCAGAGAGAAGAAUCUACUGAAGAAAAGUUGACCUUUGACAUUUCUGCCCUUGAGGGAGAAGGUCAUCAACACAAAGAAACAGUAAAGGGGGAAAGGAAAGCUUUUUCAUUCCAUUCACAUAUUCAAUGCGAUGGUCAAAACAGUAAUAGUGCUAAAGACAUUCAAACGGAGAAAUUAAUAAAGCACAACAAUAAUCAAGAAAGUAAAAAGGUUCAUGAAUGUAACUUCUGUAAAAAAACUUUCAGCUCAAGUAACCUACGUAGACACAUGAGGACACAUACAGGUGAUAAACCUAAUAAAUGCAGUGUGUGUGGGAAAGCAUUCACCGAUUCAUGCUCCUUAAAGAUACACAUGAGGAUACAUACAGGUGAUAAACCUUAUAAUUGUGAAGUGUGUGGAAAGACCUUUGGCCAUUCACAAAACUUCAAGAAACACAUGACGACACAUACAGGUUUAAAGCCCUAUAAGUGCGAUGUAUGUGGGAAAGCAUUCAACGACUCACAUCACUUACAGAGACACAUGCGGACACAUACAGGUGAAACACCAUAUAAAUGUGAUGUAUGUGGGAAGGAAUUCAACCAGUCACAGCUGAUAAAAAGUCACAUGAGGACGCAUACAGGUGAUAAACCUUACACAUGUAAUGUGUGUGGGAAGGCAUUCAGCCAUUCACAAAACUUACAGAGACACAUGAGGACACAUACAGGUGAUAAACCUUUUAAAUGUGAUGUAUGUGGAAAGACCUUUGGCCAGUCGCAAACCUUAAAGACCCACAUGAGGACACAUACAGGUGAAACACCAUAUAAAUGUGAUGUGUGUGGAAAAGAAUUCAAGGAAUCACAAAACAUAAAGAGUCACAUGAGGACGCAUACAGGUGAUAAAUCUUACAAAUGUAAUUUGUGUGAGAAGGCAUUCAAUUGGUUACCGAACUUAAAGAGCCACAUGAGGACACAUACAGGUGAUAAACCUUACAAAUGUGAUGUGUGUGGGAAGGAAUUCAACGACUUACAAAACAUAAAGAAACACAUGAGGACUCAUACGGGUGAUAAACCUUACAAAUGUAAUGUGUGUGGGAAGGCAUUCAAUCGGUUACAGAACUUACAGAGUCACAUGAGGACACAUACAGGUGAUAAACCUUACAAAUGUGAUGUGUGUGGGAAGGCAGUUAGUCAGUUACAUAGCCUAAAGAGUCACAUGAGGAUACAUACAGGUGAAACACCAUAUAAAUGUGAUGUAUGUGGGAAGGAAUUCAAGCAGUCACAACACAAAAAAAGACAUAUGAGGACGCAUACAUGUGAUCAGCCUACAAAUGUAUUGUGUGUGGGAAGCAGUCAGCCAUUCAAAUAGUUUAAAGAAACACAUGAGGACACAUGCAGAUGAAAAGCCUU